UGUGCGUAAUAUUGCUUAUAUAACAGCGCGAGUACAAUGGGAAUGGGAUUUAGCUUGGAAAAUAGAUAGUUUGUGAGGGAAUGGUAGCAUUUUUGAGCUACGUGUUUGAGUAAACGUUAUAGCAGGUCGGAUGUUUCGUUAUCUGUUUCAAAAUGAGAUGUCAAGAUCUCGACGUGUGGCGGUCAUCGCGUUCAUUUUGCUGACGUCACAGAUACUUCGUUUGUUCUUCGAAAACUGGUAUCUUUUUUCGGGAAACAUAAAUUAUAUUUCUUCUGCUGCGAAAGACAUCGGCUCAAUACGCGUUGUUCCGCCUUCCAUCGAGCACGAAGGUGGAUACUUGGUCAACAGAUUUUAUAAGUCAGAAGGUUUCGGGAUGAACGAUUUAAAAGACCCAGCUGAUGUUACACUGGUGAUGCAUGGGACAGUAGAUCGACUGUACAGAUUAAUAGAAAUCGCAGAGGUUUGGAGUGGACCAAUAUCAAUGGCUGUGUACGCACCCAUGCAAGACGCAAGUUUCUUUGAUGACGCGAUUGAUGGGUUAAGAUUAUGCUGGGCAACACUGCGAAAAAGUGUUUCCUUUCAUUUAGUACAUCAUGUCAACUCGCCCGCAAACGUAACGCAGUUGGGUUCGUUCGUAUAUCUCUCUUGCAAAGACAUCAUACGCCGUCUACGCUUAGUUAGGCCGAACGCUGGUCGGUCUCAGUACCCACAUAACUUGUUACGGAAUGUUGGAAGGAGCGGAGCGCUAACUAACUUUGUUCUUCAUAUCGACGCAGACCUGGCACCGUCGCGAAGUUUGCGAGGGAAAUUCAAGGAAUUGUUGAAAUUGCAUAACUUGGAAAGCGGGAUAGCGGCAAGGUCUUCAAAACUUCUAUUCGUGCUACCCGUGUUCGAGCUUCGACAGUUUCAAAACCCAGUAAGAACGAAACAAGAACUUGCAGAAGCGAUAAAAGAAAGAAACGCAAUACCUUUUCUUCAGGAAACAUGUGUACCUUGUCACCGGCCCACGGAUUACGAUCGUUGGUUGCAAUCGUUAAAGAGCGAUUCUAAUGAUUCGGAAAUGUCUUAUAAAGUAGAUUACGUGAAAGAAUGGACUCCUUUCUUUAUAACGUCAAAGCACUCGCCAUUAUACGAUGAUCGGUUCGUUGCAUUCGGGCAUGAUGUUUUGGCAAACAUAUGCGAGUUACAGGCGAACGGGUACGAGUUUCACGUUCUCACUCACGAAUUUCUUAUCCACAAUGGCUACAGAACUAAGAGCAGAAUGACAGAGUUUGAGAGAACGCGCAGAGACGACAGGGCGACCUUUUAUGACAAAUUUCUUCAAGAACUUCGUGAAAAUGGUUUGGUCGGUAGCAUGUACAAUAACUGCUACGACUGACAACCGAUCUUAAAUGCAACCCUUUACUAUGCAAUAAAUAUACAACAUAUUCACA